AUUUCCUCCUUUGGACUAGCACCACCGGUGUCAUCUAGCCAAUGUCAUAGACUUACGGCUCUCUCCAAUGAUCUGCUUUUCAGAUAACAGCAUCCAGUCGAUUUUCUGUUGUUGUUGCUGCUGUUCCAUGCAGAAGAGACAAGUCAGAGCACAAAUAAGCCUGAGCAAAGAUGAAGAAUUUUCAGAAAAAUACACCCAGCGUCGCAGGCUGUGGUUCAGGGAAUUGCCAAGCAAGAAGCAAUCCAACAGAGACCACAUGCAACCAUCAAAACGCAAGCCACUGCCUCCCCUCCCACCCUCUGAGGUUACUGAAGAGAGGAUCCAAGUAAAGGCGCUGUAUGAUUUUCUGCCCAGAGAGCCGUGUGAUUUAGCAUUAAAGAGAUCAGAGGAGUACCUGAUAUUGGAGAAAUAUAACCCUCACUGGUGGAAGGCAAGAGACCGUUUGGGGAAUGAAGGCUUAAUCCCAAGCAACUAUGUGACUGAGAACAAACUAACCAAUUUAGAAAUAUAUGAGUGGUACCAUAGAAACAUUACCAGAAAUCAGGCAGAACGUAUUUUGAGACAAGAGUCUAAAGAGGGUGCAUUUAUUGUCAGAGAUUCAAGACAUUUGGGAUCCUACACAAUUUCUGUGUUUAUAAAAGCUAGAAGAAAUAUGGAGGCUACCAUCAAACAUUAUCAGAUUAAAAAGAAUGACUCAGGACAGUGGUACGUGGCUGAAAGACACCUCUUUCAAUCAAUCCCUGACUUGAUCUGGUAUCACCAGCAUAAUGCGGCAGGCCUCAUGAGCCGUCUCCGCUACCCAGUCGGACUGAUGGGCAGCUGUUUGCCAGCCACAGCUGGUUUUAGCUACGAAAAGUGGGAGAUAGAUCCUGCUGAGUUGGCUUUUGUAAAGGAGAUUGGAAGCGGUCAGUUUGGGGUGGUCCAUUUAGGUGAAUGGCGAGCGCACAUCCGGGUAGCUAUCAAGGCCAUCAGCGAAGGCUCCAUGUCCGAGGAGGAUUUCAUCGAAGAGGCUAAAGUGAUGAUGAGAUUGUCUCAUCCCAGGCUGGUCCAGCUCUAUGGAGUGUGCAUACAGCAGAAGCCACUGUACAUUGUGACCGAGUUUAUGGAGAAUGGCUGCCUGCUGGACUAUCUCAGAGACAGAAGGGGAAAGCUUACGAAGGAGAUGCUGCUGAGCAUGUGCCAGGAUACCUGUGAAGGGAUGGAGUAUCUGGAGAGGAACUGCUUCAUUCAUAGGGAUUUAGCAGCAAGGAAUUGUCUGAUCAGUGCUGCAAGUAUAGUGAAAAUAUCGGACUUUGGAAUGACGAGGUACGUUUUGGAUGAUGAAUAUAUCAGUUCUUCUGGAGCCAAGUUCCCAAUCAAGUGGUCCCCUCCUGAGGUUUUCCAUUUCAACAAGUACAGCAGCAAAUCUGACGUCUGGUCAUUUGGAGUUUUGAUGUGGGAAGUUUUCACGGAAGGAAAAAUGCCGUUUGAAAAUAAGUCAAAUUUGCAAGUUGUGGAAGCCAUUUCUAGAGGCUUCCGGCUGUACCGGCCUCCAUUGGCGCCGAUGUCCAUCUACGAAGUCAUGUAUGGCUGCUGGCACGAGAAGCCUAAAGGCCGCCCUACAUUUGCUGAGCUGCUGCAGGUUCUCACAGAGAUUGCAGAAACCUGGUGA